UCAGUGACUCCUUCUGUGGAUUAUCAAGUUCAGAAUGAAAAUUUUCGUGGUUGUAGCAGCUUUCUUGGCCGUGGCCUACGCUAGGCCCGAGGCACCUUUCAGCGGGUACGCAGCAGCUGCACCACCUUCAGGUAGCUAUGGAGCCCCCCAACCCCAAUACGGAGCGCCAGCUCAAGAGCCAACGGUUCACAAGCACGUAUACGUCCACGUACCACCACCAGAGCCAGAAUACCAAGCACCACCCAAGGUGAUCCCAGUCGCACCCGCCCAGAAACACUACAAGAUCAUCUUCAUCAAGGCCCCAACCCCACCAACCCCAACCGCUCCCAUCAUCCCAGCUCAGCCACAGAACGAAGAGAAGACCCUCGUCUACGUGUUGGUCAAGAAACCAGAGGAAGCACCCGAAAUUGUCAUCCCAACACCGGCUCCAACCCAACCAAGCAAACCUGAAGUAUACUUCAUCAAGUACAAGACUCAGAAGGAAGAAGCCGGAGGAUAUCCAGCCAGUGGAGUGCCUGACAACGCAGGACCACCAUCGUCAUCUUAUGGUGCACCAUCAUCUGGUGGAUAUCAGUAAAGGAUUCGUCUUUCAGAUAGCGACGUUGCCAGUUCUAGCAAUUUCAUUCUUUUCACUAAAGCAUGAUUGAGGUUAGAUGGAUGUAGCCAAAGAAUCCAGGUUUCCAUGUGGAGGAGACUCUGGUUACUUUCAUCCAUUUAUUUUUGCAUCAAAUUCCCGAAAAAAAAAUACGGUGAAAAUGUACGAUAGCAUCGAAAGCGUUGGGUAUUGAUAAUAAUUCUGUCGAAUUGUUAUCAGUUACUCAUCGUUUUUCGCUUUUCGCUUGGCGUAGUGCUUUUCGACGUCAAGUAGUCCAGUCAGCUUGUGAUUUCUGCUUAAACCAGUCUUAAUUUAAGUCAUUUGUAUAUAAUAGGUAACUUA